AUGUUGAACUCCAGACCGAUUUGUCAGUUAUCUUCUGAUCCUGGUGAAGUUGAUGUUCUCACAGCCGGUCAUUUUAUUAUAGGACGUCCUUUAGUCGCUCUACCAGAACCGUCCGUUGAAGAUAUGAAUCCUAGAACACGCUGGCAGUUACUUCAAAAGCUUUCACAAAGUUUUUGGCGUAUUUGGCGAAAUGAUUAUUUACAUACUCUUCAACAUAAAGUUAAGUGGUUUAAAGAGGAUCACAACCAUCCUAAUAUUGGUGAACUCGUUUCAAUCAUUGAACCUAAUCUACCACCUAACGAAUGGCGCCUAGUUCGAGUCCAAAUUCACCCCGGAAAGGACAAUAUUGUCCGGGUUGUGACCUUAAAGACAGUAAGAGGCUUACUAAACCAAAUCAAAUAUAAGUAA